AUGGAGACCCGAGAGGCCAACGACAAACUGGCCUCUACUGAUGGCGACAGGAAAAUGAUGGAGGCGUACAAUGUCACGAACGGGACCAGUGUCACUCCUCUCAGUCAACACGACACCGGUGUGUUUCCCGCCUCUGCGUAUGAGCAUCGCCCCGGACAUUUCCACGACAGCGCAUCCCUUGUCUAUACCCAGCGUUCUCCGCUCAUCAAAGAGUGCUAUGAGGACCAAUUUCCUUUUGAGUUGGCUAGAGACGUCCACUACAAUCCCUGGUCUCCCAAUUCCACCUCGGCGCCUCCGUGGUGUGCUGCUUCAGAAUCGUCUCCCAGUCUGCUCCUCAACAGCGAAUACGGAGGCGCGCCACCAUUCAUGAUGGGGUACGGCGCCGACAACAUCAGCAGCGAAUACGAAGCCCAGUUGCCCUGGCCAGAGUCGGCAGCCUUUCCCCCUCGAGCAGAUGUGGCCAACUUCGAUGACGAUGGCGAUCCGUUUGGAGUCACCUAUUAUACUCCUCGGGGUGCAGAUGGCGCUCCAGACUCCAUCUGCGAUCCGAACAUGACUCUUCAUCCUCUCGCAGCCGGAAACCCAGCGUCGAAUCGUUCAACUCAGCAACCAGCGUCUGAAGUGCCGCCCGGCGGCGUCUAUUUUCGACCGUUUGGCAGACUAGAUUCAGGACGAACAGCUUCGAUAACGAUGCCAGUCCGUGAAACGGGAGAGCCAAUGCCGACAUCCAUGAUUCCGCAACCACUCGACCAGUCUCUCAACCCACCAUCUCCUCUCUCUGUCAUUUCGCCUCCAUCCUCUCUUCCAUCGUCAGCCCGCAAACGCAACAUCUCGGUAGCUGACCUCGAAAAGAGCCCCGUUGCCCCCAAGAAACGCGUCAUCAAGCCCCAGCUGACGACAAAGGUUGACAACAGUGAAGACUUUGAAAUUCACAAGGACAGCGAGUCGAAACCCACGGGCAUUUACAAGGCCUAUUUCCAUAGCGUUGAUGUAGCCAGGAAGAAACUACAGCGGCUUCUCGAGCUGUAUCGGAAGCCCAGAGAAAGCUGUAGCUUUCCCUUCACUGAUAAUACGUUUCCCACCAACGAUGAUGACAAGAUGAUCUACAUCAGGAACUUGUUUGACGCCAUCAACGACUGGUCGCACUUCAGAGAGUGGCCGCAGGCGCUCAAGACGGAGGAGCGCAACCGAAUCAUGGACAGUAUGCGUCGUAAACAGGCCGGAAGUGAUGACGCAGGCACAGAUAUUUCGCUCGACGAUAUGCGGCCCAGCCAGGAGGAGCUCGAAUCCAUCCUUCCACCCCUCCAAGACCAGCAGAAGAAGAUUUUGGGCCGCUUGCUCAGCGAUCAGACAAUCGAAUGGCUUUGUUGGGAGCUCAUUCGCGUAGAGGCAAUGUGUUAUGCUCUGAGGAAAUCAAAACAACUCGUCAAAUCUCUCCUCUCCGCAGGCGACGGCUGGAAGCUCCGUAUCGCCAACAACCCCCAGGGAGAACUAGGCCACAAGGGCAACAACAUGAAAGUAAAUAUGAACAAGAACCGUAAACUACGCCAAAUCACCCAGGGCUCACGAACUGCCCCCCGCCAGAAACCCGCACAGAAACAGCCACAGAAAUAA